GAGAAAUCCUGCUGUAUAUAUCUUGGUCUGUUUUGCACAUCUUUUUUUCUAAUCUCUUUUGCUUUCUUCUUUCUUCUUUCUUCUCUACUCCUCCUCCUUCCUCUCCUCUCACGCGUACGCACGCUCAUUCUUUCUCUCCCCACUCUCCAUCUCUCCAUUCAUCCUAAUCACGACACAUCUCACUCCUUAUUUAGAUCUCGCCCUAGUUUCUUCACUUUCACUGAUUUUAUUUUUUAUUCACAUACAAUAAUGUUCUCCUCCGGAGCUAUCUCUCGCACUUGGAAGGCUGCUGCCAUCAAGGCACCCCUCCGCACCUUCGCUCAGGCUGCUGCUGGCUCAGCCCGCAAGGUCCAGAUGUCCAACUUUGAGAAGGACCAAUACAUCAACUACCAGCGCAUCGAAGAUAACCUCGCUAUUGUCAAAAAGAGAUUGAACCACCCCUUGACUCUUGCAGAGAAGAUCGUUUAUGGUCACUUGGAUGAUGCCCACAACCAGGAUAUUGAGCGUGGAAAGUCUUACCUCAAGCUUCGUCCUGAUCGUGUCGCUUGCCAGGAUGCUACUGCUCAGAUGGCCUUGCUUCAAUUUAUGUCUGCCGGUCUUCCUAAUGUCGCUGUUCCAUCUACUGUUCACUGUGACCAUUUGAUUGAGGCUCAGGUCGGUGGUGCCAAGGAUUUGUCUCGUGCCAAGGACAUUAACAAGGAGGUUUAUGACUUUUUGUCCUCCUCUUGCGCCAAGUAUGGCCUUGGUUUCUGGAGACCUGGCUCCGGUAUUAUUCAUCAAAUCAUUCUCGAGAACUACGCCUUCCCUGGAGGUUUGAUGAUCGGAACUGAUUCUCACACCCCCAACGCUGGAGGUCUUGGCAUGGUUGCUAUUGGUGUCGGUGGAGCUGAUGCUGUCGAUGUCAUGGCUGAUAUUCCUUGGGAACUCAAGUGCCCCAAGGUCAUUGGUGUCAAGCUUACUGGAAAGAUGUCUGGUUGGACUUCCGCUAAGGAUGUCAUCUUGAAGGUCGCCGGUAUCCUCACUGUCAAGGGUGGUACGGGCGCUAUUGUCGAGUACUUUGGACCUGGUGUUGAUUCAUUGUCCUGCACUGGUAUGGCCACCAUCUGCAACAUGGGUGCUGAAAUCGGUGCUACCACCUCUCUCUUCCCCUACAACUCGCGCAUGUCUGACUACCUCAAGGCUACCACCCGCCCAUACAUUGCCGAGUGGGCUGACUCAUUCCAGCACAACCUGAAGGCCGAUGCCGGUGCCAGAUAUGAUGAGGUCAUCGAGAUUGACCUCAACACCCUUGAGCCCCACAUCAACGGUCCCUUCACCCCCGAUCUUGCCACUCCCCUCAGCAAGUUCAAGGAUGCUGUCAAGGCUAAUGACUGGCCUGCCAAGCUUGAGGUUGGUUUGAUUGGUUCCUGCACCAACUCUUCAUACGAGGAUAUGUCUCGUUCUGCUUCUAUUGCCAAGGAGGCUUUGGAUCAUGGAUUGAAGGCCAAGUCUAUCUUCACUAUCACUCCUGGCUCUGAGCAGAUUCGUGCCACUAUUGAGCGCGAUGGACAGAUGGAGAUCCUCAAUGCCGCUGGUGGUGUUGUCCUCGCCAACGCUUGCGGUCCUUGCAUUGGUCAGUGGGAUCGUCAGGACGUCCCCAAGGGCACCAAGAACUCUAUCAUUACCUCCUACAACCGUAACUUCACUGGACGUAACGAUGCUAACCCUCAGACUCAUGCCUUCGUCGCUUCGCCCGAGAUUGUCACUGCCAUGACCUUCGCUGGUGACUUGACUUUCAACCCCACCACCGAUACUCUUAUUGGUGCUGAUGGCAAGCCCUUCAAGUUCUCCGAUCCCACUGGCAAUGAGCUUCCUCCCCGCGGCUACGACCCCGGUGAGGAGACUUACCAGGCUCCUCCCAAGGAGAAGGGCGAUGUUCAAGUUCAGGUUUCACCCACCUCCAACCGUCUCCAGCUUUUGGAGCCCUUCAAGAAGUGGGAUGGCAAGGACAUGGAGGACAUGCCUAUCUUGAUCAAGGUCAAGGGCAAGUGCACCACUGAUCACAUUUCCAUGGCCGGUCCCUGGCUCAAGUUCCGUGGUCACUUGGACAACAUCUCCAACAACAUGUUGAUCGGUGCCCUCAACUCUGAAAACAACGCUGUCAACAGCGUCAAGAACAUGUUCAAUGGUAAAUAUGACACUGUUCCCGGUGUUGCUCGUGACUAUAAGGCUAAGAACCAGCCUUGGAUUGUCAUUGGUGACGAGAACUAUGGUGAGGGUUCCUCUCGCGAGCACGCUGCCUUGGAGGUCCGCCACCUUGGAGGUGCUGCUGUCAUUACCAAGUCCUUUGCUCGUAUUCACGAGACCAACUGCAAGAAGCAGGGUCUCCUGCCUUUGACCUUCGCCGACCCUGCUGAUUAUGACAAGAUCGCUCCUUCCGACAAAGUUUCUAUCCGCGGCUUGACCACCUUCAAGGAGGGUGUUCCUCUCACCUUGCACGUCAAGAAGCAGGAUGGCUCCUCUUUGGAUAUCAAGCUCAACCAUACCUUCAAUGAGGAUCAGAUCAAAUGGUUCAAGUACGGCUCCGCCUUGAACCAGAUGGCUGCCAAGGCCAAUGCCCGCGCAUAAAUUAAGCGUACACGAUAACGACAACACUGUUUUUCUUUUUUUUUUUUGCAUUUUCUAUUUGUUUCGUUGAUUGUUC